UAGGGGUUCGCGGGGCUUCGAUAGAGAUUCAGAAUAGGCGUUUGGGUCUCAAGACGUCUGUGCAACAAUUCCAACAAUGGCAGCUUCAUCUUCUUCAACAUCAGGCAGCAACUACGAUGUCCCAUGGGUGGAGAAGUACAGACCCUCCAAAGUAGCCGACAUUGUUGGGAACCAAGAUUGCGUCUCGAGGCUUCAAGUCAUCGCCAGAGAUGGCAACAUGCCCCAUCUCAUCUUGGCCGGGCCUCCAGGAACUGGUAAAACAACAAGUAUUUUGGCCCUUGCGCACGAGCUACUGGGAACAAAUUGCAAGGAGGCUGUGCUAGAGCUCAAUGCAUCUGAUGACAGAGGAAUUGAUGUCGUGAGAAACAAAAUUAAGAUGUUUGCUCAGAAGAAAGUAACGCUCCCCCCUGGAAGGCACAAAGUAAUCAUUUUAGACGAGGCAGACAGUAUGACAUCUGGAGCACAACAAGCUUUGAGGCGGACAAUGGAAAUUUAUUCAAACUCCACACGUUUUGCUCUUGCGUGUAAUAUGUCUUCUAAGAUAAUUGAGCCCAUUCAGAGUAGAUGUGCCCUUGUUCGUUAUUCUAGAUUGUCAGACCAAGAGAUUCUUGGCCGUCUUAUGAUCGUCGUUGAAGCUGAGAAGGUUCCAUAUGUUCCAGAAGGCCUUGAAGCAAUUAUUUUCACUGCUGAUGGUGAUAUGAGGCAGGCUUUGAAUAACUUGCAGGCCACAUACAGUGGUUUCAGGUUUGUCAAUCCGGAAAAUGUGUUCAAGGUCUGUGACCAGCCUCACCCCUUACAUGUGAAGAAUAUGGUCCGCAAUGUGCUUGAAGGGAAAUUUGAUGAUGCCUGUUCUGGUCUGAAGCAGCUCUAUGAUUUGGGUUAUUCUCCGACUGACAUAAUCACAACCCUAUUCCGGAUAAUUAAGAACUAUGAUAUGGCUGAGUAUCUGAAACUGGAAUUUCUUAAGGAAACUGGAUUUGCACACAUGAGAAUCUGUGAUGGAGUUGGCUCACUUCUUCAACUAUCUGGUCUCCUAGCUAAGCUUGCCCUAGUUCGGGAAACGGCUAAAGCUGUGUAAGUAGAUUUAAACUAAAAUUUGAAUUUGUUUUUAGCUAGACUUCUUGAAUAUUAAAAAAUGUGUAUGGGGUCAUGAAUU